GUGCAGAAGGAAGCAGAGGGCUCUGUGUGAGCUGCCAGCUCCAGGUAACCCCCAUGGAUACCUGCAGGAUACCUGCAAACACCUCCAAGUGCAGCGGGAACACCAUGGAGUGCUUCAUGGUGCUCAGCACGCAGGCACAGAAGAUAAGCAUUGGCCUCCUGUGUGGCCUCUUUGGGACAAUGUGCGUUUUUGAGAACUCUUUGGUGCUCUACCUGAUUUUCUCUUCCCCCGGGAUCAGGAAAAAACCUUCCUACCUCUUCAUCGGCAGCCUGGCCCUGGCUGACAUCCUGGCCAGCAUCAUCUUCGUCUGCAGCUUCGUGAACUUCCACGUGUUCAACGAGGCUGGCUUCUCCAAGGAGGUGUUCCUGCUGCAGCUGGGAGGGGUGAACACGUCCUUCUCCGCCUCCCUCAGCAGCCUGCUGCUCACAGCCCUGGACCGCUACAUCUCCAUCAGCCGGCCCUCGGAGUACAAGCUCCUCAUGACCAGGAAAAGGGCCUGGACAGCCCUGGGGGUGCUCUGGGUGACCUGUGCCACCAUUGCUUUCCUGCCCCUGCUGGGCUGGAACUGCUGCGUGCUGGAUUCCUCGUGCUCUGAGCUGUUCCCCUUUGUGGAUGACAAUUACCUGUCGGGCUGGCUGUGCUUCAUCGGGGUCCUGCUGGGCUGCAUCGUCUACGCCUACGCCCACGUGCUCUGGAGGGCUCGCCAGCACGUGGCCUACAUGGAGAAGCACCAGGCACAGCUGGGGAAGCAAAACACCCGCAUGAGGAUGGACGUGAUGCUGGCCAAGACCCUGGUGAUGGUGCUGGCCGUGCUGGUGCUCUGCUGGUCCCCCGUGCUGGUGCUCAUGACCUACAGCAUCUUCACCAGGCUGAGCCACCACCUGCGCCAGGUGUUCGCCUUCUGCAGCACGCUCUGCCUGCUCAACUCCAUGGUGAACCCCAUCAUCUACGCCCUGAGGAGCAAGGAGCUGCUCUGCUCCCUCAGGAGGGCGUUCUCCCGCUGCAGGAGGCAGCUGAAGGCCGCAGAGGAGAGCCCGGAGGCAGAGAGCACCCACAAGUCCUCGGUGAUAGAGACCGUCUGCGAGGACACGCACGCCAUCGCUGCGGUCGGGCCGCAGCCUCGAACCCGCGGCCCUCGGGGCGCCGCGGCGGCGGUGACGUCACGGCGCGCUGAGGGCGCCAUGGCGGCGCGGGCGCUGCUGUGUGUGGCGGCCGCGCUGGGCCCGGGCCUGGCCGAGCCCCGCUACCGCCCGGACUGGGCCAGCCUGGACGCCAGGCCGCUGCCGGCCUGGUUCGACCGGGCCAAGGUGGGGGUGUUCGUGCACUGGGGGGUGUUCUCCGUGCCCGCCUGGGGCUCCGAGUGGUUCUGGUGGCACUGGCAGGGCCAGCACGAUGCCGCCUACGAGCGCUUCGUGCGCCAGCGCUUCCCGCCCGGCACCACCUACGCGGAGUUCGCGCCCCGUUUCACCGCACACGACUUCCAGCCCCGCCAGUGGGCACAGCUCUUCCAGAGGGCCGGGGCCAGAUACGUGGUCCUGACCACCAAGCACCACGAGGGCUUCACCAACUGGGGCUCGCCAGUGUCCUGGAACUGGAAUUCUGUGGAUACAGGGCCCCACCGAGACCUGGUGGGAGAGCUGGGAGAAGCCCUCAGGGAGAGCAACCUCCGUUAUGGGCUGUAUCACUCCCUGAUGGAGUGGUUUAACCCUCUCUACCUCGCCGACAAACAAAGUGAGUUCAAGACCCAGAGCUUCGUUUUAAAGAAGAUGAUGCCAGAACUUUAUGACCUUGUCUUAAAAUACAAACCAGAUCUGAUUUGGUCAGAUGGAGACUGGGAAGCUCCAGAUUCCUACUGGAAUUCCACCUCUUUCCUUGCCUGGCUCUAUAACGACAGCCCCGUGAAGGACACCGUGGUUGUGAACGACCGCUGGGGCCAGGGCUGCUCCUGCCGCCACGGGGGCUUCUACAACUGCGCUGACAGGUACAGGCCAGGCUCCCUGCCACAGCACAAGUGGGAGAUGUGCUCCUCCCUGGACAGGCUCUCCUGGGGCUACCGCAGCAACAUGAGCCUGGCCGAGGUGAUGGAUGAGAAGAGCAUGAUUGAGGAGCUGGUGCAGACUGUGAGUUUGGGUGGCAACUACCUCCUCAAUGUGGGACCUACAAAAGAAGGGGUGAUUGUCCCCAUCUUCCAAGAAAGGCUCCUGGCCCUUGGCAGGUGGCUGGACACCAAUGGGGAGGCGAUUUAUGAAUCCCAGCCAUGGAGGGUGCAGGUGGAGAACACCACAGACACGGUCUGGUACACGUCCAAGGGACCGGUGGUGUUUGCCAUCUUCCUGCGCUGGCCUCGGGACAGUGUCCUGUGUCUGUCCUCGCCCGUGCCAUCCCCAGGCACGCAGGUGACACUGCUGGGCUUUGGUGGCACUCUGGAAUGGCAGGAGCACCCCGGGAAGGGGAUGCUCAUAACCCUGCCCUACGUGCUGCCCUCUCCUCUCCCUCAGUCUGGCUGGGCGGUGAAGCUCGAGGGUGUGAAGUGAUGUGGAGGGGACACAGCAUCUCCCACUGCCUUUAUUUUUGAUUGAAUCCAAGAGGAUUUUUAUGUUUCACGUUGAAUACAUUAUUUUUCAUUGAGAGAAUGAA